AAAUAACAAAGUUAAUAAUCUGUGAAGGAAGAAGAAAAGUUUUUAGUUAAAAGGCACAUUUGGAGGAAUUUGCAAUUAUGUCAUCAACUACUAUGGGCAAAGUCAUACACUGCAAAGCUGCGGUAGCAUGGGAAGCAGGAAAGCCACUGGUGAUAGAAGAAGUGGAGGUAGCACCUCCUCAGGCAAUGGAAGUUCGCCUUAAAAUCUUAUUCACUUCCCUUUGCCACACUGAUGUUUACUUCUGGGAAGCCAAAGGACAAAAGCCAUUAUUUCCUCGUAUUUUUGGCCACGAAGCAGGAGGGAUUGUGGAAAGCGUUGGUGAAGGUGUGACCGAUCUCAGGCCGGGUGACCAUGUGCUUCCGGUGUUCACUGGGGAGUGUAAGGAGUGCCGUCAUUGCAAAUCCGAGGAGAGUAACAUGUGUGAUCUCCUUAGGAUCAACACUGACAGAGGUGUGAUGCUCAAUGAUGGCAAGUCCAGAUUUUCAAUCAAGGGACAGCCCAUUUACCAUUUUGUUGGAACUUCAACCUUCAGUGAGUAUACAGUUGUUCAUGUUGGCUGCGUUGCUAAGAUCAACCCUGCAGCUCCACUCGACAAAGUAUGCAUCCUCAGCUGUGGUAUCUCUACAGGUCUUGGCGCAACAUUGAAUGUUGCAAAACCAACAAAAGGCUCAACUGUGGCUGUUUUCGGACUGGGAGCUGUUGGCCUUGCAGCUGCUGAAGGGGCAAGAAUGACUGGAGCUUCAAGGAUCAUUGGGGUUGAUUUAAAUUCCAACAGAUUUCAAGAAUCCAAGAAAUUUGGAGUUACUGAAUUUGUGAACCCAAAAGAUCAUGCUAAGCCUGUUCAAGAGGUGCUUGCUGAAAUAUCUGGUGGUGGAGUUGACCGGAGCAUCGAGUGUACUGGAAAUAUCAAUGCCAUGAUCUCUGCCUUCGAAUGCGUCCAUGAUGGGUGGGGUGUUGCGGUACUUGUUGGCGUUCCAAACAAAGAUGACGCAUUCAAAACUCAUCCAAUCAAUGUCCUCAAUGAGAAGACACUCAAAGGCACCUUCUUUGGUAAUUACAAACCGCGCUCUGACCUUCCUUCGGUUGUGGAGAUGUACAUGAACAAGGAGCUUGAACUGGAGAAAUUCAUCACUCAUGAAGUCCCAUUUUCAGAGAUUAACAAAGCCUUUGAACUCAUGCUUAAAGGAGAGGGCAUCAGAUGUAUAAUUCGCAUGGAAGCAUAGAUCAAGAAAAUCUUAUAUUUUACUUUGUCAAUCCAAGUGUGUGAGCAUAAGGAAUAAGUAAUAAUGAGGAUGUUUGUGAAAACAUGUUAUACUUUGUAGAUAUUUGUGUAGAGAAGAUGGCUUUAUAUUUGUGUAAUUGUCUUGUAAAUAGUAAAAGAUGGUGGCUUUUGUCUAUGUAAUUUUUUUCCUUACAAGAAUGCG